AUGGCGACCAAUGAACCAUCUAACCAGAAGGGGGUACGCCCAAUCGCCAUCAUAGGGCUAUCAUGUCGACUACCAGGAGACGUGAGAUCUCCAGAAGACUUUUGGAAAUUUUGUUGCCAAGCUCGAAGUGCCUGGUCUGAAAUCCCAUCGACACGAUUCUCAGCCGCAGCAUACUAUCACCCUAACCCGGAACGGCCAGGCGCCACCAACGCCAGCGGAGGGCAUUUUCUUCAGCAGGAUAUCGCGUGCUUUGAUGCACGAUUCUUCGGAAUGACUGCCGAAGAAGCGGUGGGGACUGAUCCCCAGCAGCGUCUAAUGUUAGAGUGUGCCUAUGAGGCCCUGGAGAAUGCCGGGCUCUCCCAAACAGCUAUCGCAGGUGAAAAUGUCGGGGUCUUUGCCGCCGGUUCAUUCAGUGAUUAUGAGCUGCAUAGCUUCCGUGAUUUGCAGAAUACCACAAAUUUCCAAGCGACAGGUUGCGCGGCGUCGUUCUUGUCGAAUCGGCUAUCACACUUUUUUGACUUCCAUGGCCCUAGUUUGACGGUAGAUACUGCCUGCUCAUCCGGUCUCUCUGCUCUUCACCUCGCUUGCCAAAGCUUGCGAUGUGGCGAAUCCAGCUAUGCACUAGUCGGGGGGUGUCACUUGAAUGUGACACCAGAUUACUUCAUUUCAUAUUCACUCUCUGGACUCUUUUCCGAUAGUGGCAGAUGCUACCCAUUUGACCAGCGGGGAUCAUCUGGAUACGGCCGCGGUGAAGGGGCAGGCUGUGUUAUCCUCAAACCAUUAGAUGCAGCCCUUGCCGCUGGAGAUCUAGUGCGCGGCGUGAUUCUUAAUACAGGAAUGAAUCAGGAUGGCCACACGCCGGGUAUAGGUGUGCCAAGUGCCAUGGCCCAAAAGAGGCUAAUGGCGACGGUUUAUAGAGCUGCGGGUAUUAACCCUCAACGGACAGGUUAUGUUGAAGCGCACGGGACUGGGACCAGAAUAGGUGACCCAAUUGAAGCCCGGGCACUGCACGAAUUCUUCUGCUCCGGGAGAAAUGAGAAUGAUCCGCUGUUGAUCGGAUCUGUAAAGUCGAACUUUGGGCACGCCGAAGGGGCGAGUGGCAUUAUAUCGGUCGUGAAGACUGUGUUAAUGUUGGAGAAAGGCUUUGUGCUCCCUAAUUGUGACUUUCAGCAUGCAAGGGACGAUAUUCCAUUGGAUGAAUGGGGACUAAAGGUCCCAACGAGGCUAAUACCAUGGCCACAAGGGAAGCCCUUUGCAAGUAUUAACAACUUCGGUCUAGGGGGAACAAAUGCCCAUGCAAUCUUAACAAGCGCGUCCGAGGUCGGGGCCUUCACCUUGUCGCCACCUAGCGAUGGGGGCCGAGUUCAUCGAAAGAAGAGAAACCGACAGCCCUAUCGGAUCUAUGUCCUAUCUGGCUACAGUGAAGGUGCGGUCAUGGCUCAAGCCAAACGGCUGCACUCCUAUAUAGAGCAGUGCCCAAAUCUUUAUGAUAGUCAGUUCAUGGCGGACCUGGCAUUUACACUUGGCGAGCGGCGCGGAACACUUCCCUGGAAAUUAGGCAUCCCCGCGAAGUCUCCGAAAGACUUGAUUUCUCUUCUAUCAGAACAGGAAGUCCGUCCCUGUCGCUCCCUUCGCGCCCAGAGUGUUGCGUUUGCCUUUACAGGACAAGGAGCUCAGUGGUGUGGGAUGGGCAGGGAGCUUAUGGAUGUGUAUCCUGUCUAUGCUGAGGUGAUACGGGCGGCGGACAAACACCUUGCUACUCUGGGGGCAGAUUUCUCCUUGAUAGAGGAGUUAUCGAAAGAUGAACAUGAAUCAUCACUCUGGCGCCCAGCUGUUAGUCAAGUAGCCUGCAGCUCUGUCCAAAUGGCAGUAACAGUCCUUUUAGCCUCGUGGGGUAUUCACCCAGAAGCUGUCAUAGGUCAUUCUAGUGGUGAAGUUGCGGCUGCCCAUGCCGCGGGAAUCGUAAGUUUAGAGGAUGCCGUCACAUUAGCUUACUUUCGCGGUUCUGCCGCUGAGAAACUGACCCACGACUUCCCGGACUUGAAAGGUGGCAUGAUUGUUGUGGGCACUGGGGUGGAGGAGGCUGAAGCACUCUGUCGGGAUGUCAAAGACGGCCAGGCCUCAGUGGCCUGCGUCAACAGUCCACAGAGCAUCACCAUUUCUGGUUGCGAGCGUGGUAUUCAGCAGAUACAAGAGUUGGCCCAAAGCAAAUUUAUCUUUCACCGAAGACUAAAGACCGGGGUGGCAUACCACUCUCAUUAUAUGAAAUUGGUUGCAGACAAAUACAGGUCUGGGAUCAAAGGUGUCACGGCGGGUGUCUCCAGUAUUCCUUUCUACUCGUCAGCUCGAGGGUGCCUGGUUAAAGGCUCUGAGCUACAUUGCUCCUAUUGGGUUGAGAACUUCAUCUAUCCUGUCCAGUUCGUGGCGGGCCUGACUUCGUUGCUGGACACUCAAACUGCCGCUCAAAAGAAGACAGAUUAUAUCAUUGAAAUCGGGCCUGCCACAUCUCUCAAAGCACCAAUUCAGGAUACCAUACGGUUAUUGAGGGCAGGUGAUGAUGUAAAGUAUGCGCCCAGUCUGCAAAAGGGUGAAAAUGCACUUAAGAGCAUGCAUGAGCUCGCAAUAGCCAUGUUCCUAAACGGACAGCCCGUCCAAUUUGGUGCAGUGAACUUCCCGACAUUGAAUGGACCCAAGCCACGGCUACUGAAGGACCUUCCAUCUUAUCCUUGGGACCAUAGCAAGCGUUAUUGGCACACCUCCCGAGUGGGACAGAAUACCAUUUACCCGAGUGUUCCCCAUCAUGACCUGAUUGGGUCCCAAUUGGCCGAGGCCAAUAAUCUUUACCCUCAAUGGAGGGUUAUUUUUCGGGCAGAUGAUCAUCCUUGGAUACGUGGCCAUCAAUUCCAGGAUCAGAACAUUUAUCCAUUAGCCGGCUUUGUGUCUAUGGCGAUAGAAGCGGCUUCACAGGAGUGCAAGCGGGACGGAACGAUACCGGAUUCUAUCAGCCUGCGAGAGGUAUCGGUUGGCAAGGCAUUGGUGAUACCCGAUGCCGCAGCGGUAGAGCUCAUGAUCUCUCUUAGGCCGUAUAAGGGAGGCACUCGGGCUAUAUCUAGGAGCUGGAGCGAAUUUCACGUCUGCUCCUGGUCCGAGCAAAAAGGGUGGCAAGAGAAUUGCAAUGGCCUCAUUUCUGUCCAUACUGCGCCGAAAUCCAACCCAGUCAAUGGAGAUCAGCUUCGGCGUGCCCAGGAAAUAUUAUUAGCUAAAGAGCUAACAACAAUCACGACAGCAAGUAACAGAUAUAUUGACUCAAAUAUCGUCUACGACGAGCUACGUGGCAUUGGCAUAAAGUACGGGCCCUUGUUCCAGGGAUUGAAAGCAUGUUAUGCCUACAAAGGGAGCGGAGUGGCGAAGACUCAAGUACCUGAUACCGCUGUGGGGAUGUCCCACAAGCCGUUUUCCGAGUUGUUGAUCCACCCAGUGACCUUGGAUAUAUGUUUCCAGACUAUCUGGUUGACGCUUGGUGUCGGGUCAGAUGGAUUGGGGAGAAUCCAUCUCCCCUCUUUCAUCAGAAAACUCACCAUCAAGUGUAAUAGGCCAGUACUAUCCGGCCAGAAGCUUAGCCUGUACAGUAAACGCCUAGGCCAAACGUACGACCACCAACCAACUGUUCACGAUGUCUGGGCACGCAAAUCCGAUGACUCAGAAGACAUGGUUUUACAAGUAAGCGGGCUUGUUAUGACCCCGAUUCUUGAUAGUGUACCAGCGUCAAACCAUGCGGCAGAGAAGCAACUCUGUUACUCAAUGGCAACAGUCCCGUACACUAAAAGCACGGCACAAUCACAGCUUCUCAAUAGUAUUUCGGAUGAAGCUUCGGAAGUCGCAGUGAAUAGACGCACCAACGUACCGCAGAAAGCAAACACAGACAUGGUUUCUAACACUAUCCAACCCAGUGGCCUACUUCAUAGGCGGAACGUUACCAUAGUAUAUCAUGAUGAGUUGCAAUGGUUUCCACUCAGCUCUUUGGCUAGAAGAUUACAAGCUUUGACAGGGAACAUACCCACUAUCCGGACCCUGGCCGACAAGAGCGAGGUCAGACAAGACCUAUGUAUCUUUCUCGGCGAGGUCGAGGGGCCACUCCUGGCAAACUUGACACCAGACACCUUUAAAUCGAUUCAGGAUCUUCUCACAACCUCCUCCGGUGUAUUAUGGCUUGUCCAAGGCGGGCAUAGCGGGUUUGAAAGUCCUGUUGCGAAAAUGGCAGUUGGUCUUGCUAGAUCAGUGAGAUCGGAAACUGGUCUGCCAAUUGUCACGUUUGAUGUGGACUUCACCAACAGCACUCCACAUGACGCUGUAUUGCAUGGUAUCCUAUCUGUUUUUGAGAAUAUGCUCCAGCCACCAUCGGACACGGACUGCCUAGAUAUGGAGUUUAUAUCUCGGGGAGGUGUCCUUUCCGUUCCGCGCGUUGUCCCUGACACUGUUACCAACAAACAAAUCUUUACGGACGGUCCAGCCUUUUCAUCGGCAAUACAACCCCUUCAUCAAAGUAACAGACCACUGCAGCUAGCUAUUCAGGAGCACGGGAUGUUGAAUUCCCUGUACUUCACGGAUAGCGGCAAGGUAUUGGGCCCUCUUGGCAACGAUCUUCUAGAGUUAGAUGUACAUUACGUCGGGCUGAACUUCAAGGACGUUAUGUACGCUAACAAUCAACUGGCAAUGGAUGGAUUUGGUGUUGAGUGCAGUGGAAUCGUUACCGCUGUUGGGCAAAGGGUUGCCGGCUUCAAAGUGGGAGACAGGAUCUGCGCCAUCUCGGAAGGCUGUUUUGCGAGUAAGACCCGGUGUCAAGCGUCAAGGGCGUGGGUAAUACCGGACGGGAUGUCCCUAGAGAUCGCUGCCACCGUGCCGGUUGUUUACUGCACGGCAUUCUAUUGCCUCUAUAAAGUUGCCAGACUGAGCGCAGGUGAAACGAUCCUUAUCCAUGCUGCUGCGGGCGGAGUCGGCCAGGCGGCGAUCAUCCUGGCUCAGGCAGUCGGGGCAAAUAUAUUGGCAACUGUGGGUAGUGUCGAGAAGAAGAAAUUCCUUAUGCAAGUCUAUGGAAUUCCGGAACACCGUAUCUUCUUCAGUCGGGAUCUUUCCUUCGUCCAGAGCGUCAUGCACGCGACCUCCGGAAGAGGAGUCGACGUUCUACUCAACUCACUAGCAGGCGAGGCUAUGCAGGCUUCCUUUACCUGUGUCGCUCCCUUCGGGAGGUUUGUAGAGAUCGGUAAACGCGACAUCUUAGCAAAUUCCCACAUAGAACUAUCCCCGCUCGAGCACAAUAUAUCCUUUACGACCGUUGACCUGGGUGUUUUCGCCAGAGAUCGUCCUGACCUGUUGGGGACCUUGUUCGACAGUGUCUUCAGUCUAUUCCGCGCUGGCAGCGCAAGAGCUAUCGCACCAAUCAGUGUAUUCGAUGCAGCGAACAUCGGGCCAGCGCUUCAAAUGUUGCAGAGCGGACGUAGUACUGGGAAAUUGGUCGUUUCCCUCCGAGAUGAACAGGUUGUCAAGGUUAGCCCAGUCACCCGAGAUGGGUCUCAUCUCAGCCCAGGUGCUUCUUAUGUCGUUGUUGGAGGAUUUGGCGGCCUUGGUCAAAGCAUCAUUGCUUGGCUCGCUGACCAUGGAGCGAAACACAUCAUUGUUGUUUCCAGACGAGGUCGGGCUACCGAGUCGACCUUCCGUCUAUUUGAAAACCUACAUUUGAAGGGUGUUGCUGUUAAUGUGGUAAAAUGUGAUAUUAGUGACCGGGAUCAAGUGGUGACAACGCUCGCCCAAAAGCUUGGUGAGGUGCCUACGGUGGCAGGAAUUAUCCACAGUGCCAUGGUCUUACGGGACACUCUCUUCGAACAAAUGACUUUCGAUGAUUAUGAUGCCGUUAUCCGGCCCAAGGUCCAUGGAUUGUGGAAUUUGAAUGACUUGCUUCGGACAAAACAACUCAAACUCGACUUCUUCGUGGCACUCUCUUCGGUCGCUGGGAUUGUCGGGAACCGAGGUCAAGCCGCAUACUCCGCUGCUAGCACGUUUCUUGACGCUUUUGCAGAUUUCCAGCGAGGCCGGGGAGUUCCCUUCACCACGGUAGACCUCGCUCCGGUAUCCGAUGUUGGAUAUCUAGCUACCAACGCGAGAAAGUUGCAGCAGGUCAGCGACACCUUCGGGGGGCAGACAAUUAACGAAGGUGAAUUCCAUCGAUUGCUAGCUACCAUCAUCUUCCCCGAACCUGCACUAGCAGAUCAAAGAAGUCAACUCAUCACCGGGCUAACUGUUCCACGGGAUGGUGACGCUCGGGCACGUAUGGACUGGCUCAAAGACCCUAAAUUCUCCAUGCUUGUGGAUAGCUCAGAGAUCCAUUCUUCUUCGAAGCCUACAGGUGCACCAGCUAGGCUCCAGUCCGUCGGCGAAAUACUCAGCAAAGCCACAUCUCCGGCUAGUGCCAUCCUUGUCGUGACAAAUGCCUUGGUGCAUAAGCUCUCCGAGGUGGUUAUGUGUCCUGCCGAGGAUAUCGACUACAACAAGCCGAUCACAACCUGUGGAAUCGACUCGCUUUCGGCUAUUGGAGUCCGCAAGUGGUUAUCCCGGGAAAUGGAGGCUACACUUACCAUCUUUGAUAUCUUGAACUCCCCCUCCCUAACCCAACUAGCAGAACUAUGCCUGCGCAAGUCAAAUCUCGCUUCUUCUGCAUUGCGAAAACUGCUCAGCAACGGCAAACCAGCCACUAUACAGAAGAACUCGCACAAUGAUGAGCUCUCAGAGCUCCUGAACAAGGGUUCUAAAUCCAUACAUCACGUCCUUUGGGGUGGGGGAAACUGGAUCAAGCAGAAUUUGGUGUAUGCUCCUCCAUGCCUGAAUUAUGUCAGCGAGGCUGAGUCGCUUAUUGGAUUCCCAUCAUCAGAAUGA